AUGAAGACCGGUCUCUUCUUGUACGGCGCUCUGUUCGCUGCAGCUGUGACCCACGCCGAGGAUGCACCAUCUAAGAUGGCCGUCAAGCAAAGCAGCGUUGACGAUCUGUACUCGGACAGUUCGGAUUUGGUGGAGCAAGUCUACACUGGCUCGAAAAAGGAUCCUGCCCCUGCCCCUGCUCCGCCGACCGUCAUUUAUGUCUCACCUCCUGUUCACACCCACGCACCAACUCCUGCACCGACUCCCUCGUCAACUCCCGCACCUUCAACGCCCUCGACACCGUGGGUGAUGAGGUCGAAAGAACACAACCAAGUGCAGCCUUUCGCGCAAGUGGUUGGUGAUAACUCCUAUACCGCUGUAGCGGCUCUGAAGUUCAAACCGCAGCUUCACAUUACCAGCGGCUGCCACUCGUACCCUGCUGUGAACGCGGAGGGAGAGUUCAGCCGCGGUCUCAAACCAUCUGGACCCAAUAGUGGCAAAUGCAAGGGAUCCGGAUACGGGUCUCAAGUCUAUGGACGCUCGGCUUGGUGCAAGGACAAGUGGGCGAUUAUGUACGCCUGGUACUUCCCGAAAGACAACCGUGAAGGUGCCCGUCAUGACUGGGAGCACAUUGUCGUGUGGCUUGACAAUCCUGCAGUAACUCACCAGAAGCUUCUGGCGGUGUCGAUAUGGGACGGCCGCAAGUCAAAUUACUGGACUCUACCCCUCCCUGGUCCGGUGUUUAUGGACGGAUCGAGUCCCAAACUCGACUAUGGGAGGUUAAACAGCUAUGAACGCACGCUCAGCCUCACGCAUUUGGCUGGUGAGUUCCAGCCACUGAUCAUGUGGGAGCAGAUGACGGAAAAUGCUCGCAUUACGUUCAAUACUGUCCUCUGGCCCAAAGACCUCAUGCCCAUGAGCAAUUCAAGCUUCAAGUCACACUUAGAGAAAGCGUCCGACUAUUGGUGA